CAGUGCCAAAACGUCCGGAGAUGCACUGGUCCUGUCACGGCUUAUCUUCACUCCUCACCGUCAACCCAACCAUGAAGGACGGAUGACACCUCGGAGACCUGGACCCGUCGCUUGGAUGAACUGACCUAAGGCGAUAAAUGUUCACUCCAACUUUGUUUUCCGAGUUUCAUUGGAAUAUGUGAACGCCAGCAGGAUGAAGGCAGCAGCGUGGAGUGUUCUCCUCCUGUGCGCAUGCACGCAAACCGUGUCCGUGUCCGGGGUCCAAGGCUCGGCAGUUGCCCCAACGGACACAACAGCAUCCACCUCCUCUGCUCCUGUUACCCCCACUGACGACCAAAGCACUGGACUGGUGGUGAGGAAAAAUGCGGAGGCAUAUAAUACCCUAGGGCUAUUUUAUUAUUCAUCCAGCAUGGAUUAUUUAUUCCAGCAAGUUGCUGUCAUUUAUGGAUGGCCUCUGAAGUGAAAAUUGUGAAUCGAAAGAAUUGUGAAUGCAAAUUCACUACCAAAAGUGAUAAAUCAUAUGCCUUUAUCUGAUUUUGUAUCAUAAUUUUUUUUUCACUUGACAUCGUUGCCUGCAAGGCCAGUGUUGCGCAAGCUUAUAUUUUUUAUUGUGAAACUGGGCUCACAUGGAUAUGGACCUGUACCUUCACAGGAUUAGUUUAGAUACUGUACAUAGACACACUUUGAAGAGCAGUCAAACUCUGAUUUUCACUUAUCUAAUCUUCACUUAGUUUAGUGAUCUCUUUACCCUCUCAAAAUGUCCACUUCUGCUACCCAACAUAUGUCUCUAUGCAGCACACAUUUUAUGACUGACCUACUAUAAUGCCUCUCAAUCCAAUGCCUCUGUUUCCUGUCCCAGGAUUGGCUGACCAGGUAUGGCUACCUCCCGCCCUCAGACCCCUCUACUGGACAGCUACAGGCCUGGACAGCUGUCACUCAUGCUGUUAGAGCCAUGCAGAGGUUCGCAGGCCUGGAGGAGACAGGAGUUGCAGGUGAGAAAAUAGAAAUAGGGUUGGGACAAUUAGGUUGAUUAUAUCCAUCCUCUCUGUGUUGCUCUCGCUCCUUCUCCGUCUCUGUCUCUUUCUCUUUUUCUCUCCCGAUCUCUCUCUCCCUCUCUCUCUCAUUCACUCCUGUAUUACUGACCUAUUGUUGACCUCCUCUCUCUCUGUCCUCUCUCAGAUGAGGAGACACUGGCUCUGAUGCGAGCCCCACGAUGUUCACUGCCAGAUGAAGGGGAGGAGCCAAGACCACUGGCCAAUCAGCUCCAGGAGGGGCAGAGCCUGAGGAGAAAGAGGGCUGUGACCACAUGGACACGAAGGAACAUCAACUGGAGGUUCAUAAGACUACUGCUCACUAUUCCUCCUUCUUCAUCUCUGUAUCUUCACUCUCAAUCCCUCUCUAAUUCUCCCUAGGUUGCGUUCAUACCCCACCUCCUCCUCCCUCUCCCGUGAGACGAUUCGCUCCCUGGUGUUCUACGCCCUGAGGGUGUGGGCGGACCCAACCCCGCUGGAGUUCCACGAGGUCAGUCUCUUUCCCUGGAUGUGUUAGUUGAAUAUAAAUAUAUUCUCUCUCACUCUCGCUCUCGCUCUCUCGCGUUCUCUCGCUCUCUCGCGCUCUCUCGCUCUCUCUCUCUUCACUUCCUGUUUCUCCUGUUGCCAGGUGGGAGGCUCAGAAGGGGCAGACAUGCAGGUGGACUUCCUCCACGGUUUCCAUGGUGAUGGAUACCCCUUUGACGGGGCUGGGGGAGCUGUUGGCCACGCCUUUUUCCCCUCUGACCCUGCUAGAGCAGGCGGAGUACACCUGGACGCCGAGGAGGAGUGGGCGUUCCGUCAGCCAGGUGAGUGACAACCAAAAGAACCAGAGACAGCAGAGAGAGGUACUGGGUGAUUCAAGGGCCCAAUUCCAAGUCAAACAGUAGAUCAGAAAAUUAAGGAUAGUAUUCGUAUUACACUGAUAGCGCCGUGUAGCCCUCUGGUAGGUGGAAUUUAAGUUUGAGUCUCCACUGAGGUUCACAAUAGAAAUGGGUUUGGAUGUAAGUUUUCAAUUUGGAGAAUGUUAUGGACACAGUCAACACACUACUAACAGUCACCCUAACCCCCCCCCCCCCCGCCUCACCCCAGCCUCUGAGGGUACUGACCUGUUCACGGUCCUGGUGCAUGAGUUUGGCCAUGCCCUGGGUUUGUCCCACUCGUCUGCCAGGCGCUCUGUGAUGAGACCCUACUACCAGGGCCCCGUAGGAGACCCUCUACACUACCGCCUGGGCCCCCAUGACCUGGAGCACAUCACCAGGCUCUACGGUCAGUCUCUGUGUGUUUGUGUGUGUAUGUGUAUAUGUGUGGGUGUGUGAUGGGUUCUGAAACGACGGUGUUGUGUUUGCAGGUAAUAGAAAUCACUUCAUGGUCACAGACGUUCCCCGGUUGGCUCCUGAACCUCAGCUGCGGCAUCGCGACAGGCACGGACACCGACACAGACACAGGUACUGACACACUUCAGACACAAGGACACAGAGAGGGAAACAAAAGAGGAUAAGGCUUUAGCCACUCAACAAAUAACUCUCUCCCCCAUCUCGGCAUUCCCUCCCUCCCUUUCACUCCUCCUCUCUGUUGCUCUCUCCUUCUCUUUCAGCCAUUUUGUAGACCGCUGUAACACUAGCUUUGAUGCAGUGGCCAACAUUAGGGGAGAGACGUUCUUCUUUAAAGGUGAGUGUGGUGUAGAUAGGCUCCCUAUUGGUUGGCUGCUGUGACUAUUGUCCCCAGGUUCCCUCAUUAUUCUAGUGGCAUGAUCGCCCCCUGGUGGAUAUAUCCACAAUUGCAGGACUGUGUACUGAACUGAACUCUGUCUCACCUCUCUUCAUCUUUCCUUCACCCCAUACUCCUUUCUCUCUUUCUACCCUUCCUACCGUACCUUCCUCCUCUCUGUUCCUCACUUCUCUCCCACCCUCUUUCACCUUCUACAUUAUUAUUUUUUCCUUUCUCAUCUGUCACCUCCUCACCUCCCUCUUCUCUCUCUGGCAGGGCUGAGUAUGUGGCGGGUCAGUACUGGGGGGCUGGUGUCGGGCCGGGGGGCCUCGGUGAGGAGGUUGUGGGGGGGUCUGCCCCCUAACCUGCCCCCUCUGCAGGCUGUGUUGGAGAGACACUCAGACCACGCCAUCAUCUUCAUCACUGGUAGGUAACCUCUGACCCCAGUCACCCCACACACUCCACCUGCACACAGAUAGCUCUGGGUAGAAGUUGCCCUUAGGCACAGAUCUGGGAUCAGCAUUCCAUCCCUGACUCCUAACCUUAACCAUUUUUAGAGGGGAAAUUAUAAACUGACCUUAGAUUAGAGUCUGGAGGUUAUUCUACUCCACAUAGUAUCACAAUGCAGAAGUGACACAUUAUCAACAACAGUGGAGAAUUAGUGCUACUCAACUGACUAAACUGUUAGAGUUUUUAUCAAUUGCUUGAGAACAUUUGUCCAAACAGAAUUCACUUUUUCAAAACAAUUAACAAAAUGCAAAAAGAGACUCAAAACAUUAGAUACAUUACACAAAAUCAAACAUACAGCCUCUUUUUUAUGUCUGUGACAUUGGUUGAUACUAUAAUUAUAUAGUAAAAAAUAUAAUAUAUUAUUUUUUCCUAAAAGGAUGUUACCAAAGAUGACCAAUGCAGAAACAAUGUCACUCAAGAGCAUGAAUAUCCAGAAACAAAAGGCUUUAUUUGACCUUUUUCCAUUUGAACUGAGAGCUGAACUAUCUUCCUCUAUGGGCCCCUCUACCGCUCCUUUGUCCUUGCCCUCAGCCUCUUACUUGGUCCAUGCUUGCAUACAGCUACUCAGAGGUGACCUCUUUGAUGCAUGAAUAAGGACUGAUUGCAGAUUGAAGAAUUGUGCAAAGAAGUUUUGCACACGUGCAGAAGAGGUGCACAUUCAUGGGAGUAAUUUGUAUCAGCUGUGACUCAUUUUGUUUGUCAUGAUUUACUCAACUGAGUUUUGCGUCUUUUGUAGAGAGUUGCGUUUACUGUUUUGCAAAAAUGUGCUUAGCUUUUGCAUUGUGUGUGAAAGCAAUGAGAAAUUACUUAAAGCUUUGCAAAAAAGAAUACUGUUGUGCUCAUUAGGUUAUGAUGGAGAUCAAGUGGACCCCAGUUUCAUUAAAAGUGUCGUAGCAAUCUAGAAAAACUGUAGCAGUAUGAUUCUAGCCUCUCUCUCCGCCCCUAUUCAUACAGUGCAUUCGGAAAGUAUUCAGACCUGUUGACUUUUUACACAUUUUGUUACGUUACAGCCUUACUCUAAAAUUGAUUGAAAAAAAUCUCAGCAAUCUACACACAAUACCCCAUAAUGACAAAGUGAAAAAAGGUUUUUAGAAUUUUUGCAAAUGUAUUACAAAUAAAAAACAGAAAUACCUUAUUUACAUAAAUAUUCAGACCCUUUGCUAUGAGACUCAAAAUUGAGCUGAGGUGCAUCCUGUUUCCACUGAUCAUCCUUGAGAUGUUUCUACAUCUUGAUUGGAGUUGACCUGUGGUAAAUUCAAUUGAUUGGACAUGAUUUGGAAAGGCACACACCUGUCUAUAUAAGGUCCCACAGUUGACAUUGCAUAACAGAACAAAAACCAAGCCAUGAGGUCGAAGGAAUUGUCCAUAGAGCUCAGAGACAGGAUUGUGUCGAGGCACAGAUCUGGGGAAGGGUACCCAAAAAUGUCUGCAGCAUUGAAGGUCCCCAGCAUUGAAGGUCCCCAAGAACACAAUGGCCUCCAUCAUUCUUAAAUGGAAGAAGUUUGGAACCAUCAUGUCUCUUCCUAGAGCUGGCCGCCCAGCCAAACUGAGCAAUCGGGGGAGAAGGGCCUUGGUCAGGGAGGUGACCAAGAACCCGAUGGUCACUCUGACAGAGCUCCAGAGUUCCUCUGUGGAGAUGGGAUAAACUUCCAGAAGGACAACCAUCUCUGCAGCACUCCACCAAUUAAGCCUUUAUGGUAGAGUGGCCAGACAGAAGCCACUCCUCAGUAAAAGGCACAUGACAGCCCGCUUGGAGUUUGCCAAAAGGCACCUAAAGGCUCUCAGACCAUGAGAAACAAGAUUCUCUGGUUUGAUGAAACCAAGAUUGAACUGUUUGACCUGAAAGCGAAGCGUCACAUCAGGAGGAAACCUGGCACCAUCCCUACGGUGAAGCAUGGUGGUGGCAGCAUCAUGCUGUGGGGAUGUUUUUCAGCGGCAGGGACUGGGAGAGUAGUCAGGAUCGAGGCAAAGAUGAACGGAGCAAAGUACAGAGAGAUCCUUGAUGAAAACCUGCUCCAGAGCUCUCAGGACAUCAGACUGGGGCGAAGGUUCACCUUUUAACAGGUCAACGACCCUAAGCACACAGCCAAGACAACGCAGGAGUGGCUUCGGGACAAGUCUCUAAAUGACCUUGAGUGACCCAGCCAGAGCCGGACUUGAACCCGAUUGAACAUCUCUGGAGAGACCUGAAAAUAGCUGUGCAGCGACACUCCCCAUCCAACCUGACAGAGCUUGAGAGGAUCUGCAGAGAAGAAUGGGAGAAACUCCCCAAAUACAGGUGUGCCAAGCUUGUAGCGUCAUACCCAAGAAGACUUGAGGCUGCACUGCCAAAGGUGCUUUAACAAAGUACUGAGUAAAGGGUCUGAAUACUUAUGUGAAAACCUGUUUUUGCUUUGUCAUUUUGGGGUAUUAUGUAUAGAUUGAUGGGGGAUAAAAACAAUUUAAUCCCUUUUAGAAUAAGGCAGUAACGUAACAAAAUGCGGAAAAGGUCAAGAGGUCUGAAUACUUUCCGAAUGCACUGUAUACCCUUAUGAAUUGUAAACCAAACCUCAACCUUAAGGAGAUGCUUUAUAGCCUCUUUCUGUUUUAUGUUUUAGGGUCCCAGUUUUGGCUGUUCAAGGACCUCUCUCUCCAGGAGGGCUACCCCCGCCCCCUCUCAGCCCUGACGAAACGGGGAGAGACAGAAGGAAAGGGAGGAGAGGAGGAGCAGGGCAUGAUGUGGGACCCAGAGGAAGGACCAGUGUGGGGGGACAUUGGAGAGGGGGAAGCAGGAGGAGAGGAAGAAGAGAGUGACACCUGGACCGAGCUCAUCAGAGGAGGAGUGAACGGAAUUACCACAGAGCGAGACGGUGAGAGAGAGUGAGAGAGAGAGCAACGAGGAAAGCAGAGACUGGGAUUCUAUGAGAAGGACUAUGUAAAAUAUGAUAUGUUAGAGACACCUCACACAAUGUACAAUACAUGUGUGAAUGUAUGUCAACAAACAUUAAGCCCCAUGCUAUAUCACUUCAAAUACAGUGGGGAAAAAAAGUAUUUAGUCAGCCACCAAUUGUGCAAGUUCUCCCACUUAAAAAGAUGAGAGAGGCCUGUAAUUUUCAUCAUAGGUACACGUCAACUAUGACAGACAAAAUGAGGAAAAAAAAUCCAGAAAAUCACAUUGUAGGAUUUUUUAUGAAUUUAUUGGCAUAUGAUGGUGGAAAAUAAGUAUUUGGUCAAUAACAAAAGUGUCUCAAUACUUUGUUAUAUACCCUUUGUUGGCAAUGACACAGGUCAAACGUUUUCUGUAAGUCUUCACAAGGUUUUCACACACUGUUGCUGGUAUUUUGGCCCAUUCCUCCAUGCAGAUCUCCUCUAGAGCAGUGAUGUUUUGGGGCUGUCGCUGGGCAACACAGACUUUCAACUCCCUCCAAAGAUUUUCUAUGGGGUUGAGAUCUGGAGACUGGCUAGGCCACUCCAGGACCUUGAAAUGCUUCUUACGAAGCCACUCCUUCGUUUUCCGGGCGGUGUGUUUGGGAUCAUUGUCAUGCUGAAAGACCCAGCCACGUUUCAUCUUCAAUGCCCUUGCUGAUGGAAGGAGGGUUUCACUCAAAAUCUCACGAUACAUGGCCCCAUUCAUUCUUUCCUUUACACGGAUCAGUCGUCCUGGUCCCUUUGCAGAAAAACAGCCCCAAAGCAUGAUGUUUCCAACCCCAUGCUUCACAGUAGGUAUGGUGUUCUUUGGAUGCAACUCAGCAUUCUUUGUCCUCCAAACAUGACGAGUUGAGUUUUUACCAAAAAGUUAUAUUUUGGUUUCAUCUGACCAUAUGACAUUCUCCCAAUCCUCUUCUGGAUCAUCCAAAUGCACUUCAGACGGGCCUGGACAUGUACUGGCUUAAGCAGGGGGACAUGUCUCGCACUGCAGGAUUUGAGUCCCUGGCGGCGUAGUGUGUUACUGAUGGUUGGCUUUGUUACUUUGGUCCCAGCUCUCUGCAGGUCAUUCACUAGGUCCCCCCGUGUGGUUCUGGGAUUUUUGCUCACCGUUCUUGUGAUCAUUUUGACCCCACGGGGUGAGAUCUUGCGUGGAGCCCCAGAUCGAGGGAGAUUAUCAGUGGUCUUGUAUGUCUUCCAUUUCCUAAUAAUUGCUCCCACAGUUGAUUUCUUCAAACCAAGCUGCUUACCUAUUGCAGAUUCAGUCUUCCCAGCCUGGUGCAGGUCUACAAUUUUGUUUUUGGUGUCCUUUGACAGCUCUUUGGUCUUGGCCAUUGUGAAGUUUGGAGUGUGACUGUUUGAGGUUGUGGACAGGUGUAUUUUAUACUGAUAACAAGUUCAAACAGGUGCCAUUAAUACAGGUAACGAGUGGAGGACAGAGGAGCCUCUGAAAGAAGAAGUUACAGGUCUGUGAGAGCCAGAAAUCUUGCUUGUUUGUAGGUGACCAAAUACUUAUUUUCCACCAUAAUUUGCAAAUAAAUUCAUUAAAAAUCCUACAAUGGGAUUUUCUGGAUUUUUUUUCCUCAAUUUGUCUGUCAUAGUUGACGUGUACCUAUGAUGAAAAUUACAGGCCUCUCUCAUCUUUUUAAGUGGGAGAACUUGCACAAUUGGUGGCUGACUAAAUACUUUUUUUCCCCACUGUACAUGUGUAUUUCUUUUAAUGUAUAUUUGAGUAUUUUCAAAUGCACAGCCCAAACAAAUACUUUUAUUUUGCAAAAACCAAAUAGUGUACCAAAUUGUAUUUUCAAAUACUUAUUUCAAAUACUAUUUAUACUGUAUUUCCAAAUACAUUUCACAUGUUGUCAAAUAAAGGUUAUCAGAAUACUUGUUUUGAAAUGUAAUGAAAAGUAAUUGAAAUACUAGGUCUGAUCACUUCCUCAGGCUCCAUCUACCUCUUCAAAGGAGAUUUAUAUUGGAAGUUCCCCCACCCAGCCUCCGUCCCAGAGGCAGGAUACCCUCGAUCCCUGGCCACCGAUUGGUUGGACUGCCCUCACCCCUCCACACCUGUCCUAGACGACUUCUCUCUCUCUCUGUCUCCCCCUACUGGACGACAGGAGCUCCUCGAGAGGAGGAAGGAGGAGAGGGAGAGAGAAGAGAGCGGAGGCCAGAGGAGGGGCCAUGGCCUGGACAGAGACACCGACAGAGACACAGACAGAGAGGGACUGCAGCACUGGCCCUGCACUUGCCUGAAUGGAGCGAAAGUUGGCAGCGUGAGCGUGACUUUGUUCAUAAGUGCCCUGCUGUUGACUCUCCUCCCCCUGAUAACU